AUGAUUCAUCUUCGGACUGAUGGCUCUUACCCAGCUGGAUUCGUCUUAGACCAUGGUCAAGACAUUACCGGAUUCCCAACCUUGAAUGUCGUACACGCCAUCGGGAACAUCUCUCUCUUCAGCGUCGCUCACAGUGAAUCAAGAGCAUUGCUCAACCAAAUACAGAGUGAUGGACCAAUUGCCAUGUCUGCUUCGCAGAACACUUACCGAGUCCAACACUACAACAUAUCCGCGUCCAACUCCACCCACACAAGUCGCCUGCUCCAGGGUGGAGUCAGAUGGCAGAUUCUUACGCUCUUAUCUCCUGGCGAGCUUAUACUGUCAGAAGUGGGCAUCAUUCCAUCCUAUUAUACGCCCCGACCGCGAGCCUCUUUUGAUUGCUCGAAUCGAAACUGGACUAACAUAUGGCGUGCUGGCGCUCAAACUGUUGCUUUAAGCAUGAUCGCCGCAAAAUCCAUCCCAGACUUCUGGCAGAUCAGUUCUGAAGGUACUCUCAUCGAGAGUGCGGCUCCUCAGCCUUAUGCCGGCCUUCAGGCGCAAGCGUUGACUUCAUAUCAAAUGAAUUUCAUGGUCAAACCAAUCACAGGCGGCUUCAGCUUCAAAGUCUUGAGCGAUACUCUGGGUGAUGGGAUAUACGUCUGGGUCAACCUUUCCAAUUCGACCAUCUCGGCAUACAGCGGCUCAACGGAGGUCGACACCCUGUUGCAGACUGCUAGAUUGAACGUCACUAGUAGCUUGCUAAGUCACUGGCAUAACGUGCCUGCCUCUAUCAAUCUAUCGAACAUUACGGUAUUGAUCAACAACAUGCCUGUCCUUUCGUUCUCGCAGAAGGUCAAGUUCUAUGGCUCGUUCGGCAUCGGCGCCGCUAAUGGUCAAUCUGCACUCUUCACCAACCUCACGGUCACCUCCGAAGACGAUCAAAUUUAUUCCUCAGACUUGAAGUCCGACUCUGCUCUUGAAGAUUUUUUGGUGGGUAAAAACUCUCUGAAUGUCAUCGUUGAUGGUGCUCGCCGAGACAGGAUUGCGUACGCUGGUGACUUGGACAUCGCCGCACGCACCAUAGCGACCAGCAACUACCAGCUUGACUACAUCAACGACACCCUUCGUCUCCUGACUUCCAAUCAAAUGACGGCAGGCUACUUUGUUCCCACAGUGAAAAUCCAGCAGCAUCCAAGAGAGUCCUUGAUCAAUAUCAACAUGACAGGCCUGAUUGGCUAUUCGUUCAAUCUGCUCAGUGCGAUGGGUGAAUACUAUACGGUCAGUGCAGAUGUUGCAGCGGCAAAAGCAUAUGCACCUGCUGCCACUCGUAUGCUUGAUUGGGCAUCCUCGCAGAUUCUCGAGAUUGCACUUUUUAACCUUUCCGAUCCAACUUUCGGUGGUGACUGGAACUACUAUGACCCUACGCAGUCAGGCAUUGUCACAAAGUUCAAUGUUGUGUACGCACUUGCGCUGCAAGAAGUGCUACCAAUGCUCGCUGCGGCAGAUCAAAAUACGACUGAUUAUGAGAAGACUCUUGGGGUCCUCCGGACGUCCAUCGACAAACAACUCUAUAGCGACCUCACAGGCGCAUACUUUGUUUCAGAAGCUCAACCUCAGGGGAUCGCGCAAGACGCUAAUGCUAUGGUCAUCCUGGCCAAUGUUCCCCAAGGCAAUCACACGGCUCUCGGUAUCUCGCAAGCCAUGUCUCGUCUUCUCUUUGUGGAUCAUGGCACAUUGCCUUUUUCGAACACAACGACUGGUUUCUCUAAGCUUAUCAGCCCUUACGCAUCAUCUUAUCACCUGCGUGCGGCGUUUGCUGCUCACGACGCUCAAGCAGCCAGCCAUCUACUCAACAAUCUUUGGCUGCCAAUGAUUUCGAAAACCAACGCCAACUACACCGGUUGUUUCUGGGAGACCUUGGAUCUGGACGGUAGACCAGGUUUGGGCGACGGGUCAUCUUUGUGUCAUGCCUGGUCAUCGGGACCGACCGCGGAGUUGAGCAGAAACGUUCUAGGUAUCCAGCCUGUAGCACCAGGCUUCCGUGAAUGGCGCGUCGCACCGCAGUCGCUUGGUCUGACGUGGGCGAAAGGAAGUCAGCCCACGCCUUUCGGAGAUAUCGCAGUUGAAUGGCGGAUCGACGAGGCUGGACUUGUCACCAUGAUUGUCGAAUCGCCCGUCGGGACCCAAGGCACAGUGAGUAUCCCUUCAGUCAUCGCUGCAACCAAUGGAAGCCGUGCAGUGGUUACGAUUGUCAAUGGGCGUCUGAUUCAAGGCUCGACUUCCAAGGUUCGCGGCUGUGAAGCAUUUGUACUUUCGCAGUAUCUAGGAUGA